UUGUCGGAAAAUCUUCAAAAGUGUCUCAAAUACAAAACUGAAUUAGAACUGAAGUUGAAAGCGCAUGAGACUGAAAGCUCUCUACAAAUUAGUCAAACAGAAUUAGCGUUGAGUCGGCUAACUGCUCUGCGUAGUCAAUUUACUCAACUACAAAACAACAAUGAACAAAUCGAAGAAUUUCUUGCUCGAUUUAAAACAACAGAGAAAAAGAAUUUAGUUUGCACUGUAGAGGGCACUUUGGCAACAUCCGAACAAUCUGGAGAGUUGUUCCACAGGCUUCGAAAAAUGCUUAAUGAAGUCAAUAAACCUAAAGAAGUUGAGAGCAUUGAAGAAGAAAAUAUUUUGAUAGAGAAUUCAACUGAGCAGGAAUCAAUUGAAGUUGAAUCAGAUAUUAAUAUGAAUGACCCUCCACCUUUGCCAGAAUAUUUGAAUCAGGUAUGUUUCAUUCAGAAAUAUGAAGGGAGUUUAUUGAUGAAUGGAUUUAUUUAUUUCAAAUUGCAGCCUUUGUGA